AUGCCAAUUCUGCGGAAAGAAAGCGACUCACCAGCAGCGGCUAUCGACCUCAGAACCCUGGGAUGCCGGGCCUGGACUGAAUGGCGUCCGGCCUAUCUGGCCUUUCAAAGUCAGGACCUGUGGUCGUUGUCUGCAACCAAGGAUGCUGAAAUGAUUGUCUCUACUUAUUCGGCACUAAGACUCGGUCUACCCUUCGUGAUCCUGACACAGGAGUUGAACUAUAUUCCGUCCUCGGUUAUUCAGCAAAAGUCACCCCCUCCACACUUAGAACUCGUCAAAUACUAUUUUCGACCUCAAUUCGAAGAACUUCAAUCCGAGUUCCACGAUGUAAAGGCGCUGGGAGCCGCUGCACUCACAGAAUGGUACAAAGGCCUCGAGACCUUGGGUCCGCAAAGCAACGCCGACGCCGCACGUUUCGAGCAGUGGGAACUCCAAGGUGGCUUUUCGAGGAUCUCCACUGCAGUAGGCCAAAACGGAGGCAGCGUCGCUCCUUCGUCGAUGAGCGUGACGAGUCAUUCGGAGCUCAUGCAAACAUUUGACAACGUGCAACAGACAUCCUUGAACUCGGCAGUUGGAACACCCUCUUCUGGCAACGUGGUAUCAGAAAUUUCCACUCCCAGCAUUCACGAAGCGCAACGUGCAGAUGCUGAACAUCGAGAGAGCAAAGAUGCACUUCGAGAUCCCAACAUACAACUCCGAAAGCGCCAGCAACUGGAAGAGGAGAAACGUGUUGCACAAGCAAAUGCAAGCCGCAUGUGGCUCGAAUUGAAAAUCCCCGCAAGAGAUAAGCUACAGAAGUUUGCUCGAGAUUUCAUACAUCAGACGUGGUCGGAUGGUCGUGCGGUGACUAGGGCAACGGCACCCAAAUUCGCCGCGGAGGUCCUUUGUCACGUGCGACAACGUUUCGACGAGGUCCUUUUUCAGGAAGAUCGGAUGCUCGAGCUGAAAGGAACUGCUUUUCCACAGGACCAGGAGUCACUUGCCUGCCGGAAACUGAAUCUUGAGGAUUUGAAAUGGGUCUAUGAAGAAUUUGUGAAGCCUCAUACCGAGAGAUUCGGCAAAGAACUUUUUCUCUGCCACGUGUGCGACGUCAAUCAAAAGCUAUUCGCAUUCGAGGCUGUCAUUCAGCACUUUGCCGCAAAACAUACAAACUCGCUCAGCAGUGGCACCAGCAUCGUUUACUGGAAAGCCGAUUGGCCUCUCGAGCCUCCCUUUGAUCCACAUCCAAACAUUCCAUGGGCUCUCGACGUCACCGGCACCAUGUCUGGUGCGCAAGCACAUCAACAAGCCCGCCAAGGAUUCCAUCCUCGCGGCGCGCCGUCGUCAGUUGAGGGUGGCCCGAGAGGGUUACACACCUUUCCACCGCUGGUUCCAUCAUCACCAGUGUGGUCCGCCGAUGCAUCACAACGCAUCAACCAGCUUGGCUAUCCAGGGUCGAUGAGAAUGGACUCGCACGACGCCGGGCGCUUCGACCGAGGGCCUGAGAAGGGAGGUAUUCGGGGUAGCGUUGCCGGCUCCUCCAUUGCCAGAUCUGAAGUGUCUGGCCAUACCUAUGAAGACGGAUAUGGGCCUCGAUAUCAUCCCCAUACAUUUGCGCGUCCCGGGCCCUCUAAUGUUCAAUACUAUCACGGGUCAAAUGCUGGUGGUAGGGUUGGCGAUGAGAUGGGCAGGGGUCAUUCGCGCAAACCUGCAACUCGACGGGAGGAACCGCCCCAUCCAUACGAGCUUGGACGCGGCUGGGAAGGCUGGAAGCAACAAGGGCCCAUCUCCCACAGCUCCAUGAUUUAUUCGUACGGAGACGGCUCCUCCAGGUUCUCGUAUGUGGAGUCUCUCCAAAGAGAUGGCGACACCUCAGUCGAUGGAACAUCUGAGGCUGGGAUGGGUAGUAAGGCCACCAGCCGUAUCUCUUUGCGGCGGGAAAUGGCAUCAGAAUCAAGGGCACCAACCAGCGAAAUUGAACCGUCGAGAGAUGAAACCACUCAGGCCGCAACCAACGCAGCUGUGGAGAAUUUCCUCAAUAACUUCAGUCCCAUGGUUGAAGAGAACUUGGCCAGCACAAAGGAUGUUGUCGCAACUGCGCGUGCAAUUGACCUACAGCAACCCCGCAGUGUAUCGGGACUACACUCGGUCGAUGUUUAUCCUCAGCAGCACGAGGCCUGGGGGGCCUUGGACCGCCGCACCAUCGACCGCGUCUCUCCUAAUUCUCCUAGUUCUCGACAACGGCCUAUUCUGCCGAUAAGAGAGUUCGAACAGCCGACUUCGUGGGCUGACGACCCUCCAACGCAACGCCGCUAUAGCCCUCCGGUGCCACCAAAUGGCAAGGAUGAGACUACUUGGGAGUUGACUCACAGUGGCAGAUAUGGGGAGAAUGCCGAACGAAUACUCCAAAGCCGCUACGAUCAACAUGAGGGUAUGCGGGACGUGGUUUCGGGCUACGCCAUGCCUUCGUACGAGCCUCAAUACUUCUACGAUCAUGACGGAAGGCGAUAUGUCCAAGUCAGGGAACAGAGUAUAGAGCCGUACACGCUUCGAGCCGGAGAAUAUAUUCCCGAUCGAUUCCACGAACCCCCGCAGGUUGGUGGCUCACAUUACUUGGACAACAGGCGAUACUUGCUCGAGCGGCACGUGGUACACGACGACCGUUUCCGUGCUGGGUCUCGAGAAUAUCGACCGGGUAACAACGAUGACCACCCUGCUCAGAGUGGAGGACCACCUUUGGAUCAUUACUCCCACGAGGAAGUUGCACUUGAACCACGCACGCGAAGUGGAAGAAUCAGCACUCGGGAGAUCAUUUAUGAGCCAGUUGAACAACCAGUGCGGUACACUCCGCGAUCCUCUGGCGCAGGUCACCCUGGGGAAUGA